AUGGGUGAAGAAAAUGGGGAAGAGUACCUGUUCAAGAUAGUGGUGAUCGGCGACUCGGCGGUCGGAAAAUCGAACCUGCUAUCGCGGUUCGCCCGGGACGAGUUCGACCACCACUCGAAGGCGACGAUCGGCGUCGAGUUCCAGACGCAGCUGAUGGAGGUCGACGGCAAGGAGGUCAAGGCCCAGGUCUGGGACACCGCCGGCCAGGAGCGCUUCCGCGCCGUCACCUCCGCCUAUUACCGCGGCGCCGUCGGGGCUCUCGUCGUCUACGACAUCAGCCGCAAGGCCACAUUCGAGAACAUCAAGCGAUGGCUCGAUGAGCUCAAUACCCAUUGCGACACUACUGUAGCCACGAUGUUAGUCGGGAACAAGUGCGAUUUGGAGGACAUACGAGAGGUGAGUUUGGAAGAGGGUAAAGCACUUGCCGAGGAAGAAGGAUUGUUCUUCAUUGAGACAUCCGCACUCGACUCCACAAACGUGUACAAUGCCUUUGAGACAGUAAUUCGGGAGAUUUUCGACAAGGUGAGUCGCAAGAUUCUCAACUCAGAUUCUUACAAGGCUGAGUUGUCCGUGAACAGGGUCAGCCUUGCAAAUGGGACUGACCCGUCAAAGCAAAAUACGGGUGCCUUCUCAUGCUGCUCGAGGUGA